AUGGCAGAUAAUGUCUUUGGCGAACCCAUCACAAACGCAACUUUGGAAGGCAUGCGAGAGUAUGCAUGUAGGCGGGGGCAAAUUGAAAGAAUCAACAGGGCACGCGUGGCCAUGAAUAUGAAAAACGCGGCCGGGAAGGACGUGAAAGCGCGAACACAUGCGGAAAAAUUGAAGGCAAAAUCCGGUGCCGGAAUCGCCACUCUCUGCCUUGUUUACAAUGCGACGGGAAGCACUCUAGAAUAUGUUGGUCAAAAAGAUUGGAUUGGCCUCAUGGGAAAGUCCCCAUACCCACCACUUAUUGCAAAUGGCCAGUGGGCUGCGUUUCUGCACGUCAGAGACCCCAAAAUUCAAUGGGGCUCUUCUGCCGCUGUAGUGUAUCGCGGAAAGAACGCUGGUGGUAUCAAUUGCGACUGGAUGCUGAGUUGGGCCAACCCGAAGGACAGGGUUACAUGGGACAACAGGGUCUACACGGAAGUUCGCAAAAUUAACCACUUUAACAAUGGAGCAACUUGGGGCGAAGUAAAAAAUCGCUUGUGUGCUACUCGGUCUCGGUUCUACCAUAAGGACACAUGGAACGGAUGUGUUUCAAUGAUCUCAACUGGCAGCGGGAUUUUCCCAAUUGUUGAAGGAAUACUCACUUUAGAAAAUGUCUGA